GGGGCUAUGACUGGCGACUCGGGGCUGUCGCCAUUGUGAGUUCUGCAGGCGGAGGUGGCCGGGCCACCCGCAGCGGGGGGUGUCUGGGACGGGACGAAGGCUCGGCUCACCAGGUGUGGAUCAGUCCUGCCAGUGCCACCCUCCGAACCGCUUCGUCCUGGGGCCAGCCUCAGCCUGGGCCCCGAACACCAGACCAGACCCUGGUAGGGCUUGCCGAGCAGCGCAGACUCGCUCCCAGCAUGACCCCUCCCCUGGGCCUAGGGAGUUGCCCUGUUCGCUCUCCUGACAGGGCUGGGGGAGUAGCCGCACCUUCUUGAAACACCAAGAAUGGAGUCUAAACCUUCAAGGAUUCCUCGAAGGAUAUCAGUUCAACCCUCCAGUUCCUCCUCUUUAAGUGCCAGAACAUUGUCUGGAAGCAGUUUAACUGACGCAUAUCAUACAAGAGAAUCUUCACUGAGACUGGAUUCUGGAUGUCAGGAAUCCAAUCUGUUGCAUAGUUCCAGUAGAGACUGGGGAAUUGGAGAAAGAGGAGAAGCUCAUGAAACUCCUUGGAAGCUUUCUAGUUCCUCUCCAACUCGCUAUUCGGGGACACUUGAUCGUCCAUGGUCUGGAAGAUUUUUGGGAAGCAGAAGCAGAUUGUCUACAUCCUCUUCCUCUCCUCUUUCAUCUACUUGGUAUGGUGAAUCUGAGAGAACUCAGGGAGCAUACUCAAGACUACAUAACCAGCAGCGGGAUAGUGAUUCAAAGAGACCUAAGCUUUCCUAUACAUCUACCUCUUCUGUGAGAAGUAAUGGCUUAAAUGCAGUUUCAGAUUCCUCAUGGAGGUAUAAUCAAGUUCCUAGAUCUUCAUCAGUGGUACUCAGUUCUCUGGGAACUGAGCUAGUGAGAGAGAGGAGAGAGCUAGAAAGGAGAACAGAUCCAUCUGUUAGCAGUCUUGUGGAUUAUAGUCACAGGAGUGGUGACUUUACAUCUUCAGCAUAUCUUCAGGAUAGACCUGCCUCUUCAUAUGCACAAGGAGCAAGACCAAAAGAUAAUUCAUUGAGCACUUUGAGACUGAAUACAUCCAUGAACCGCCAGCUGCCUUCUGAACAUGAAUCAUCUUUAUUAUCCGGAGUCUCCAGCAGGAGCUCUUCAAGAUCUAACUAUUCUAAAAGGGAAAUGGAAUCUUCCCAAAGGAAUAUACAGCCAGAGUUUACCCACAUUGCCAUUAGAGAUGAAAUUCCUUCCACAAGCAGCACUGAAAGGAUUCCGUCUCAAAGAUCACUCAGUGAGCCUCCAGCAGAUACUGAAGGAAGGCGUACAACUAGACAAUUACUAUCUCGUUUAGCUUCUAGUAUGUCCUCUACAUUUUUCUCACGGAGGUCUAGCCAAGACUCAUUAAAUGCAAGAUCAUCAGAUUCUGAAGAUUCAUGUGUUCUCCCAAGAGUUCAAACUUCUACCCAAUCUAGCACUAAUGCAACUGCACGUCCUGAAGUUCCAGGCAUUCAGACACCUGAAGCUUCUCAGGGAUUUAGCUUCCUUAGACGAAGAUGGGGUUUAUCAGGUGUUUCACAGAAUCAUAGUUCUGAUUCAAGUCCUGAAAGUUACAGACAAGAGUCUGAAAGUAGAAAUACAGGAUCCUGGUUAUCAUCAUCUCUAAGAAAUAGAUGUACACCUCUGUUCUCCAGAAGAAGGCGAGAAGGAAGAGAUGAAUCUGCAAGAACUUCUAUCUCUGAUACACCUGCUAGAUCACUACACCUCUUUAGGAGAAGAGAGUCUAGCGAAGAGACUGCACUUGAAGCACAGAGCCGCUCCCCUGGGGCUGCUGCCAACAGACCACCAAGAUCAGCAGUAUCUAGCAGUCCUACAAUUACUGCUUCCACACCAGAUUCAGCUCACAGUAGAAGAAAUUCUGGAAUAUCAGGAAUUCUUCCCGGCUCUUUAUUCCGGUUUGCAGUACCCCCAGCAUUAGGAAGCAGCAUAUCUGACAAUGUUAUGAUAACGGUAGAUAUUAUUCCCUCAGGUUGGAAUCAACCUGAUGGAGAAGAAAGUGACAAGUCUAAAGUAUUACCUUCAAGAGAUCCUGAAAGACUCCAGAAAAUUAAAGAGAGCCUCCUGUUAGAGGACACUGAAGAGGAGGAAGGUGAUUUAUGUAGAAUCUGCCAGAUGUCAUCUGCAUCUUCUACCAACCUCUUAAUAGAGCCGUGCAAAUGUACUGGAAGUCUGCAAUAUGUUCAUCAGGAAUGCAUGAAAAAAUGGCUGCAGUCCAAGAUUAAUUCUGGUUCUUCUUUGGAAGCAGUAACUACCUGUGAGCUGUGUAAAGAGAAGUUGCAUCUUAAUCUUGAGGAUUUUGAUAUUCAUGAACUCUAUAGGGCACAUGCAAAUGAACAAGCAGACUAUGAAUUUAUCAGCUCUGGUCUCUACCUUGUAGUGUUGUUACACUUGUGUGAACAACGCUUUUCUGAUAUGCUGGGAACUGCAAGUGAGGCCAGCACACGUGUCAGGUUUAUUAACCUUGCAAGAACUCUUCAGGCACAUAUGGAAGAUAUUGAAAACCUUUAAGAAGGCUUUUGAUUGUACUAUAUUAUUCCAACAGCUUCAGAGGAUGAUUCCGAAGAUAGUGAUGCUGGCAGAAGUUUUGACACUGCUUAAUGCUGCAAGAGCUAAACAGAAGUGCUGCAAAGAUGCUGAACUGGCAAGAAAGUACCAUCAAUAAGCAUUUAUUUUUUGCUCUUUAGUAGAAAGCGCAUUGAAUAUUACUAUAGUUUGUAAAGCAUUACUGAACUCAAUCUGUUGCUGCAUACCAGAACACAAACAGUGAAUUUGAAAAGUAUUCAGCAAGGUGUGCAAGAGUUAGAUAUACAACACUGUAUCCCCUUUGAGAUGGGAUGUUAUGCCUUGUUUUGAAAAAGUAGAUUUUAAAUAUUUAAGGAAGUCCUAUCUCCCUUUAUAUUAACUUCUUACUGUAGUCAGAUUGCUGGAUCAAGUUUUCCUCCUAUACUGGUAAUUGUGUGUUUUUUGGGUGGUGGGACCCAUGUACUUAUAGCAUACAUUUUUCUUUUAAAAAUGCUUAUGUUGUAGUUUCUUAUAAUCACUUGCUUCCAGUGUUAACAUAGGAUGAAUGGGUACUGUAAAACUACAGUGUUCAGUUUCCAAAUUUUAUUUGAAGAGUGUUUAAACUCAACAGCAAUAAGAACAUGCAAGGGGCUUCUACUAUUAAAGUGAUGAUAGCUUUUUUUAUGUACUGAUUUGGAAAUUUGAGAUUAUAUUUGAUAUUAUGUGGAUAUUCCAUUAAGGAAGUAUUGCAGCUGUGAAUUCUUGCAUUUUGGCAUUCCUGGCAGAAAUGCAACUUGAUAGGAUUUAAAAUCUUAAUUGAUCCGUUUAGCUUAAACCUUUUUUAGAUCCCACAUUCACUGUUAAAGCACUGGUUAUAUCAAUGUGUUUUCUAGUGGUGUCACUUCUUUAUAAAUAAAGACGAUGCAUAGAA